CUGACGUUUGGCGUAUACGUGAAGCUUAAACUCUCUAAAGAGCGGUGACGAGAACGUUAAAAAAAGCAAUAGGUUUAAUACGAAAAACAACAACUUUGCACGUGCAUCACGCUUUUUUGUACAUUUCGUUGCCGUUUUUGCAAGACUUCGGCCUGAAAAUGCCUAAUUUAAAGUUUCAUAGAGAACGUAAACAAGCGAAGACGAAGUUUUAUUUCUCUUUUCUCUCUUUUCUUAGGAAUUUAACUCCUGGGGGGUUCACCUACAUUUGACAAAGUAAGUGGGUAGGAUAGGGAAAGUCGCGAUAAAGAUUGGAAGAACGCAAGUUCACUUUUUAAGCGACGUUUCCGCUGCCGUCGCGUCCUCGGUGCUGUAAUACCUCAUGAAACUCAGAAAUUCAGAAGAGUCGAUAGUUUCUUAGUUUGGUGACGUCAUGUGAAAACCGAGAAUUUCCCGUAGACGGCGUAUUUCCUUUCCUUGAGGUCAGAGUAAAAAGAUUAAAACCAUCCACACGUGUAUAGUCUUACAGGAAACACACAUAUCACUAUUUUUAUAACUAGAACAUCGUAUCAUUACCCAGCUUACAAAAAUUUCGGAAACCUCCCUACCCGAUCGGUAUGUGUCUCGUUAUCUCUUCGAACCUUUUUCAAUUUCAAUUUUAAGUUUCUUGCAUCUACUUCUAGUCUACAUCUGGGAAAACAUCGCUGAAUUUGGUCUGGAAAGGUUACCCUUUUUCCGUAAUCAGAGGCCAACAGUUCAAUGAUCGGCAGGGUAUUAUACGGUAUCACUUUCGUGUAUAAGAGUCGAAAGUAUUCUUAAAACCUCAGAGUUUACAUACCAAAGUUGAGGGUGUUCUGAGCGCACAUUCGUCUGAUCACGUUCACGAAGAAGACAUCAGUUUCUCAAAAAGAGGUGGACUAAAUUCAAAUACAGAAUGCAGCAUCCGGGUAACACAUACGAAAACCCAGGAUUUCAGUUGACUACCGUUGACGGAAGUCAGCUGUAUAUGGACAUCGCAGGUUUUGAAGGCAAGGCGGCUAGGUUGACUACACCGAAACCUAAAGGUAGGAGUGUGAGCGCUGGACAGGCUCAUCGGGAAAACAUCGUCGAAAUUCGGCAGCUCGUCAUGAAUAACGAUGGCGGUGUGAACGCUCAAGAAAAUCCACUGUACAAAGUAACUCCGAUCACUGGAUGUCGCCUGAACGUCAACACAGGAAAUGAAAGUAAAACAUCCAGAAGAUUAUCCUCGCCACCAAAGACCUCACCGAAACCCAAAUCAAGGAGCGCGACCACAGGGGAAAUCGAGAAGGAGAAAGUUCCACCUGAAAAACCCGUACAGUUUGACGCGAAUUACGAUGUGGGUGUCUAUGAAGUUUUAAAAAGCAACAACAACGAUAUGCCAGCGCAACAGGUCAAGCAAGUAUCAGGGGGAGGGCAACCUGAUAAAGUGUACGACUCCAUAACGCAGACAACGCAACAGCAAAUAGAUUCGUUACGUCGCACGUUGCGUCUAAUGUCUUUGCUUCUGGUGAUAGUUUGUCUGACGGCAGUGGCGAGUUUGGUGUUGAUACUGGUCGAGAUAAGGAAACCUAAGCAACACACAAGUCUCAAUCAGCCUUCAACAUCAUCAGGUAGAUGAGCUUAGCUUAGAUCAAUAGAUGCAGUACGAAAGGGAUUAAAGUUGAGGGGGACGGGAGCUAAAGCAAAAUAACUCCUCCAAGACUGACCCGUAUUCGAAUGUGUUGUAGAGAAGCUUAAAUCUUUAUUUCCAGUGUCAGCCAGCAAAAAUUGUCUGAGGUAUAAAUACCGUAACGUAACCUCAACUAAGCUAAAUUUAUUGCUAUAUUUUGUCUAAAAUUGUUUUGUUGCCUUAACAAUCCUUCGAUUCUACUGCCAUGCCAAUAUCCCCAUCUAACACACAUUCACUCUCUCUCCGCCUAUACUACAAAGCCCGGGAUUGAAUUUUCAUUAGCCAUGUAUUUAUAAAGCCGUCUGACCAAAACAAAAGAAUGCUCGAGUCUACCUAUACUGCUACAGGAGUUACGAAAACAACGCCUACGUGAUUUGGUUGUAUUUUUUUCAUUACUUGAAUGAAAAACCUAUCCUUAUCCCUUUAACCUCUGAGAGAGAUUAACAUUCAAUUUCUCUAUACGGUGACACUUCUUAAUGAAAGGUGAAAGUCGUGAGAAAAAAAGGAAUAAUCAACAAGUGAAAAAGGUUUUGAUUGCUAAACGAAUUCUCCUCAUAAAAAGCAUAGGAAAUAAAGGAAUAAUAGUGUGGAUAAUUUUUAUGAUGAUAUUAAGUUCUCAAGGGUUAGCAGCAGAGCUUUUCCUCGGUGCUGAAUUUUUGUUGCGAGUAGUUUAUUUCACGACCCAAAUUUUACUGAGAUCCUACAAAGGACAGAGAUACUAAUUUCCCUCUUCUAAUUCGGUUCCUUUGAACCCUAAGCAAAAACAAAACCCUUCUAAGUCUUAAGACUUAAGUCAGUUAAGUAUCCAUUUGUAAAGAUUUUGUGUGUUUUCUUUUACUUUCUAAUUGACUGAUUUGUUCCAAUGGCAAAGGAUUCCUAUUCACCUUUUCAACUAGGACAAACAAUAGUGAGCCUCUAUGGUUGCCUGCAGACGUCGAUUUCGUCGCGCGUUUUCCAUCCAAUCGUCGGUUUUCAGAAGAAAUUGUCGCAUUUCAAGAGCAGCUUUGCAUGGCAUCGCUAUUAGAGAGCUCAGCGUAACCACAACGGAAACGAGAAGAUAAGCAAAACAAAAACUCUUUUUGGCAGGUUUCCUUGCCGUCAAUGAACAACUAAUGUUGUCGAACUUGAUUGAAAUGGCGAUGCGAUCGUUGUGACUUCGACUUCGUCGGAAAUAUCCAUACGGAGGCUCAAUAGUGGGAUUUAACUGAUUGCUUCAGGCGAUAAUGCUCUUGACUUAGCAGCAUCAACAACAACAGUAACAUGACUAUAAAGCUUUACAGUUUUGCAAAAGAAUUAAGAUCAGUUUAUGAGUGAAAAUACUCAUAAUGAAACCAAUGAGAUGAAACCAACAAAUCUUGAUAAAAGAAAAAAAAUGAAAACAUCGGGCAACAAUCAAGUGUGAUAACAAUUAUUAAAUAAACGUAGAAACAAAUCUUCUGAGAAUUCAUGCUUUCAUGUAGUAGCGCUGUACACAAAUGUUAAUUAAUAUGACGCCAGCUUCUUCAUGACGGAGGGAGAUAUAUUGCUCACGUCAGAGAGAGAAGGAAGGUAUUCCAACAAGAAAAGAGAAAAAAAACAAGAAAGUAAAAAUAAGAAAAUGAAGUACUUGAGGAAAGUCACCAAUGGGUUUAUAUUCGUACAUACAAGGCUACAAGAACAAAAAACGCAAAAUUAUAUAACAGAAUAUCGAGAUCGCCUGGAUCACGCGCACAUCGACUAAGACUUUCUAUCAAGGGAAGGAGCGCUCGCUGUGAGCUGAAAAAGAAUACUUUCCGGUGCUGUUGUUUUGUUUUAUCUGUGUGGUAAGAAAACGGAAACAAAAAAUGGAACCGGAAGGUAGAGGGAAAGUGAGUUAUGGGUGAUACAAAUUCGGGAAUUUGAAAUCUGGGCUUUGGAAUCCGGAACUCAGCUCAAGGAAUCCGGAAUCCCACAAACAAUUAGAUUCCGGAAUCCAAAGUUUUACAAGCCUGUUCUGGGAGUUCAGAUUGUGGGACGGGGCAAACCGAACGCCUGCGCUGAAAAGGCUAAAAUUCCACUCGCAACGAAUCCGAAAUCCACGGCGAGGAAUCCAGAAUCCAUGAGUGUCCUGGAUUUCCUUACAUGGGGCGAUAAGGAGGGCGGUGUAGGCCCGUCAUGACAGAAAAUAUGUAAAAUGCAAGAAUACGUACUUUCUAACAGAAUACACUUCUCGUCCACAGAGCCGCGGUCCCUUUCGCCAGCGCUGCUGGCCAAAAGGAUCGCGGCCCUGGAGAUGAGAAUGAAUGUAACGUCACAUUUUAGCUUAAUCUCAUACCCAGAUCUCCCACGGCCAAGGGAAAGGAAGAUCUGGUAAAGUUCGAUUUCGAGCAUGCUCGGUAGCAGUGACGCUCGAUGUACGGGCCUUACUAUAACUGCGCAUGCUCGUCCCUACUGUUGUGGGGAAACAGACAUACUUUGGAAAGGUAAGAAGCGGUGGCGCUGGAGCGAAAUAAUUUUGACGAACAUGAAAAAAUUUUCAUGUUGAACUUUUUCUUUCAUCUAGGUCUAUCGGAUGGUGGCAAAACCGGUUGCAUACAAACUGUGCAUUUUCAAGAAAUAACAGAACUGAGAGAAGCGUUAAACUUCACUCGUCGUCAGCUUGACAUCGUCAGAAGUGAACUCAAAAGGCAGAACGCGACAAUAACCAACAUAACGUCGAAGGUAUAAGGAACAGAUUCUAUGUGGGUGUCUUGGUCACAUGUUAGUGAUGAUUCACAUGAUUCAGCCCAGUAAAAAUUCUAAGCAGGUGUCUUUCAGCCCAUUCUGGAUAAGAGUGAACAGGAGGAGUUGCACUUUUUAUUUAGGGGAAUCUCGGAAAAUUAACACUUGUCAAAGAAAAAAAAAACAUCUAGAGAAAUACUGAACAGAAAUAAACAUGGCACCAAGUGGAUGAUAACCAGUAUUAUUUCGAAUGGCAUCUUGUAAAAGAAAAUAGUAUUUUUAUAUUAUUUUGUUUAUUAUGUGUGUUGUGAAUUGACUUCCAACGGUUUACACAGAUCCAGGGCGCCAGUGCCUAGUCUCGAUUGUUUUAAGUAAACGGGAGUGUACGUGUACGGGAGUGUUGUAUAGUGGGUAUUACAUGGCCGCGCGAGAUACGAAAUUUCUCUUCGAGUGUUGAAUUUUUUAACGAGUGAGCGCAGUAAUGUUCUAUUUAUUACAUAAACACCAUUUCGCUUUGAUAUUCUUUGGCUGCGAAAGGCGCUAGCCAUAGCAACGGUGAUCUUUUCCACGUGAAGAUGACAUGUUAUUUUCACGUGCAAAGAUAUAAUGUUUUUGCGCGCGAAAGCUCACCUGGUAUUUAAUUGGUGGUUAUAUAAUAAAGCUCAUUUACCACAUUUGCUUCACAGGGAUCCGAUUGCAGUCGUUGCCUUGCACCAAAAGGACCACGAGGGCCUCCAGGCCGACAAGGACAGAAAGGGCCGCCAGGACCCAAGGGACGGCAGGGUCCUCCAGGGCCCAGGGGACCAAUGGGCGUCAACGGGUCUCAAGGUCCACCGGGAGCCCCUGGACGACAAGGACCAAUGGGCCCUCCUGGGUACAAUGGGACACAAGCAGCUGGGCAACUUGGCCCACCAGGGCCCCGAGGACUUCCAGGUCAACCGGGAAGGCCUGGUGCUGGUAAUCUGACUCUUUGUCAUUACAGGUACAAGAAGGAGGCAGCACAAACAGCAGGAGUCGCGGCGGAUUCGGUAGUUAUGCUUCGGGAAGAUUAUCAUCGGGUAGGUGAUAAAUCGGUUUUGCAAUAUUAGAUUUAGGCAAUGUUCACAAUAUAACGGAUAGCUUUUCGUGCCGACACAAAAAGUUAUCUGAACGUUUAUACUCAUUAGAAUGAGAAAUAACAGCAGUAUGGUUUAUUCUUUACUGAAGGAAACUUCCAAGUUAGUCUUUUCAGGAAGUACAAAAACAAGGUACGUUUUUGCAUCACAAAAAAAGAAUCCGAUGCUUGGGCCCCGGAUUUUUUUGUCCAAGUUUUCAUUUAAUGCAAAAACAUACCAUGUUGUUGAAGGAAAUUUCUCAAAUAUAAGCUCUCUGGUACUUAACUAAAAGAUUAAAAUGGGAAGCUUUUUUUGCGUCUUUUGGGGCAUUUGUACGAGUACAAAGAGCACACCGGCCUACCCACGGGAAUAAAGGCAAAGGUAGUAGCGAGCCUAAUAUUUUGCACUGCAAGGGUAUAACACCUUUGACACGGCCCUAAGCCAUAUUCGACAACAACUUUGCCCUACCUUUGACGCGAAACAAAGCAGUAAGCAAGCAGUUGCGCAAUAACCAGCAUAGGAGCAACUAAUUCUUUUGCUUCAAUAGUUAUUUAAUUAGUGAAACUAUGGUUGUUUGUACUUUAAACGGCGGUCGUUUAUUCGUUCAACAUAAGCCCUAUUACUGUUGGCCAUGCCUUUAAAGUUUACAGGCGUUACUUUUGAAGCUACUUUCUGCUCCUCUACUAACUAUGAUGCAUCUUGCCUUUUUAGGGAUGGAAAAUUAUCGCCGCCACGUGUUCAACAGAGGGUGGUGCAGAGUACGUUUUCAAAGACGCAGUGCUUGAGUCAGGAACAAAUGUAUGGGUGUACAAAUGCCAUUGUAAAGGAAAGUCGAACUUAUUUUCUGGUUCAAAGUAUAUGAAGUGUGUUAUACACUACUGGAUAUGCCCCACUGUCAGCUAAAGACAGCUAGAGCAAUUAGCAGUUAAUCCGGAAGUACCUCCUGUUUCGGAUAGUAGGGAGUGGUGUUCUAAGCACCAAAUAUUGGAGGUAUUAUAUCGUUAGAUUCGAGUACCAACACAGACACAGUCAGAUUAAUCGAUAACUGCAAUUAGGACUCAAUAAUACUGAAGAUAUAUUAUAUACGGUACAUAUCUAGGCACAUAGUGUUUCUGUGAAAAGCUCCACGGUUUACGAAGUUAAGCAAGAGCUCCAAAUAAUAUUAACAAAUUAAGAAUCCUGACUAAAAUAAAAAAAGGUACAGGUAGUUUCAUUGUUCAUCAACCGAACACAAUAAUAGGAUUGGGGCCUUAAAGUAUUCUUACGCGUUUGAGGCCUCAAUUUUUU